AAAGAAUGUUAAUAUUCAUAAUGGCAGAGAAGAUCCGGGCAGGGCUGGCAGUAUAUUUUCUACUCUACGAGGUGCGAUUUCUCUUGACCAAGAAACGUUUGUUUUUUUUGGGAUUAUUUGGAGAAUCGGUCAAAAUCUGAAGAGGUAAACUAAUGUCUAGUCGUUCGCUGUAACAUAACCUUUAGCCUAAUCUCGGUGUCACUAUCUCUGAAUUGAUAGGCUACUUUUUUCACGGACAGGAGAUUGUUAGGGUAGUCCAGGCUUCAUUGUUGAAGUAGCCUGUCUUUAAAUUUAGUUGUUGCGUAAUUACCGGCGAAAAUGUCUGGAGAGACGAUCACCACUAAGACUGAAACCUUCAAGGGGUCACCGGGUGCGUUUCCCGUGGUAUUGCAGAACAUAAUGGAAAUGCCCCCACCGAAUUUACUCGAGGGCGACGAUGACAAUGACAAGGAUAAGCUUUUUACGGGGGACAAUGUGGACCUUGGAGGAGGGAGCGGGAUGGGUCCGUCGGCCGCCCUGACCCCCGCCAUCUGGGACAAGACCAUCCCGUACAACUUGGAGACCUUCCACCUGGAGUACAUGGACCUGGAGGAGUUCCUCAUCGAGAACGGCAUCCCCACCUUGUCCCUGGACAAAAAGCCAACCAGCACCACGACAGCCCCAGCCGCCCCAAUCUCCCUGCUGCCGGUCCUGGAACUAGACCAGUGUGAGGAGGAGGUGGUCACCAUCACCCUCAACAGUGCUGAUAUCACAGCCAACACCGAGGUGGUGACGGACAAGGACAGGCUGACCCCUGAAACCAUCGACCCGGAGGAGAUUGAGGUGAACGUGAACUUUGAUCCGGACCCUACAGACCUGGUCCUGUCCAGCGUUCCUGGAGGAGAGCUGUUCAACCCACGCAAACACAAGUUCUCAGAGGAGGAACUCAAACCACAGCCCAUGAUCAAGAAGGCCAAGAAGGUGUAUGUACCUGAGGAUUCUAAGGAUGAGAAGUACUGGCAGAGGAGGAAGAAGAACAACGUGGCGGCGAAGCGUUCCCGGGACGCGCGCCGACUCAAGGAGAACCAGAUCACGGUGCGGGCAGCGUUCCUGGAGCGUGAGAACACUGCGCUAAGACAGGAAGUGGGCGAGCUCCGGAAUGACUUUGCCCGCAGCAAGAAUGUUGUGGCCCGCUACGUGGCCAAAUUCGGAGAGCUUGCAUUGCUGGAAGACCAGUAGACUAUUAUUGAUUUAUUUGUGGCGUGGGUGAAGUAAUUGAAUCAAAUACAAUGGAUAGAUGGAUCAGAAGAUGGAGUGUGGAAGAGAGUGAAUGAUGUUGCCAUGUAGAUACUGUGGAAUUGUAUUAGUGACCCCUGCUUAUUGUUUUUAUUUGACUUUUUAUUAAAACAUUUUAGGGGGUAGAUCAGCUUUAACAUUGCAAAUAGAUUGUAGCUUCCAUCAAUGUAAUUGUAUGCAUCAUUACUAAUCCCCCAUAUAUUUGUUUUGUAAAUAUAUAUAUUUUCCUUUUAUUUUCCCCUAACCCUACCACCACUCCCCUAAUGUGAGUAAACUAAUGGACAACAACAUUUGGACCUUUUACGGACACAGUGUAUUUUACAAUAGUUAUAUUUUGUUUGUUUUUAGUCCCAUCCUUCAGCUCCCCUCAACCUCUCCCAUCUCUGAAGACCAUCCAGUUUUAAUUUCAUUUUACCAUAUUUUUAACUGUGCUGUUUCACAAAAGUUCUGAACCUAUAUACAUUUUAUGGACACAGUAUAUUUUACAUUAGUUAUCUUGUUUUUAGUUCCACCCUUCAGCUCCACUCAACCCCUCCCAUCUAUCUCUGAACACCAUCCAGUUUUGAUUUCUAUUUGCCCUAUAUUUUUCUGUGCUGUGAUGUUUCUGGACCUUUCUAUUCUCAUAGUUUCUACAGAUUGUAAAUUUAAUUAUUUUUUUUGCUAAAAGUAUUAUAUUAUUGAUGGAUUGAUUGACUUUUCAAAUCACCCAGCAGUUCUAUUUGCAGAGUUAGAUCCAGGUAAAUGUUGCUAUUCUUCAGCCAUUUAUUUAACUUUCUGUUUUAACUUGUGGGAGUGCAACUUUCAAUACACUACAAUGAGACUGUGUAUUCUGAUCAUGUUUUGUACAACAUUUGCUGGUAAAGAGAUUGGGAUUGGUGGGAUAAGGGUGGGUGACAUUUUAGGAAACUGAAAAGGGCUUUUAUUUUGGGGGGAUUUUAGUCUAAACUAGCAUGGCUUGUCCAUAUGAAAACCAGAACUGCCUAAGUUUGCUUCCAAGUCUCCCGUUUAAUGUCAAAGGUUAAUUAAAAUAUAAUACAAUAACUCAAAUUAAUCUGGGGACUAAUACUGCUUGGUAGUGGUUUUAAGACCUUCAAUACAAGUCAACACUUGCUUAAAACUGUACAUAAUGCUUGGUAAUAUUUCAGUCUCUCUGUCUUGUCUAUUGUCUUGGAUCAUUGUCAUUUCCAAGAAACUUCUUUCUUCAGGUUCUGUGUUAUAAAGAAAUGCUUAAAGUGAGCUUUAUUUUCAAAUAACUCCGUACAAAAACAACCUGUUGAUUUAGGACAUCACUGUGCAAUUUCCAAGUUUUCUGCAAUUGUGUUCUCAACCAAAUGUAAAACUCCAACCUUUCUCAUGUUUACUACUAUGCAAAGUGGUUUAUCCAACUUCUCUGGGACCUUGAUCAUAUAUGGACAGUUGCCACACAAUGUAAAAAGGUGACCGAUUCUGUGCUGUCUGCAAUGAGUACAAUACAUUGUAGUUACCUCAUGAAACUGGAAAACAGGCUACAUCAGAACUAUGGGGAAGUUUGUAUGUUGCAGUUUAAUUCCUUUUGUCAAAACCAGGAUUUAAUUAUUAUUAUUAUUUUUUUAACUCUGUGGCUUGAUCUGGGCCUGUUUCAACAAGGACCUUCAAGUGUCUUCAGCUGACUCAGGGCAAUACCAUAUCAUACACUGAAAUUCAAGCCUCCUUUCAGGGUUUCUGUCUCCUCAGUUUUUUCCCCUUUGACCAUGUUUCCUUGUUAUCAAGCCUGCUUGUCACUUUCCUAAUUCCUGCUGAUGUAACUAGAGGAAAAUAAGUGAUUGCAGUGCUUUCAGUUCGUUUUGGAAUUUAUCUGAAGAAAUACAUUGAACGUAGUCUGGAUGUGUUUUACAUUUGGUUUUGUGAGUUGAGGUGAGAAUCUUGUUCAAAUUGACAGCUUCAUUUAUUGGUUGUUUACAAAAUCUGGAGACAAGACUUGUGUGGUAGUGAUUGUAAUUCUUCCAGUCCUUUGACGAUAACUCAACAAUAGAUCAGUGCUCAAAGUGAUCUAACAUGUUGGGAAGUAGAUGAUUGAGAACAGACAAAUCAAGAAUUUGAUUGAUAUACAUUAUAUUCCAUAUAGUUUCUUGAUUGAACGAUGUCAGUAAGGGAAACCGACUGGAGUGGGUGCUCCCUAAACACUAGCACAAUUACUUUCUCACGCUACAACCAAGAAAAUGUUAUACAACUGGUGCAGGGGAAAUUCUUAACUGUUUGAGAAUUAGUUUCUACAUAAUGUUGCAUGUGGCUACUGUAUGUCCUGUAUAUAUAAAUAAAGCAUUGUUGAAAAAAUG